CUGAGGACAAGAGGAAAUGACGUUGCUGAUGCAAAUGAUUUUUGACGAUUUCAAACAUGGCGGAGUACCUGGCGUCCAUUUUCGGAACAGAGAAAGAUAAAGUUAAUUGCUCAUUUUAUUUCAAAAUCGGAGCAUGCCGCCAUGGGGAUCGAUGCUCCAGGCUUCACAACAAGCCAACCUUCAGCCAGACUAUUGCCCUCCUGAAUAUUUACCGAAACCCUCAAAACUCUGCCCAAUCUGCUGAUGGUCUACGUACAUGUUCAGGCACGGUCAGCGAUGUGGAGAUGCAGGAACAUUACGACGACUUCUUUGAGGAGGUCUUCACGGAGAUGGAGGAGAAGUACGGAGAGGUGGAAGAGAUGAACGUGUGUGAUAACCUGGGAGAUCACCUCGUGGGAAAUGUGUAUGUCAAGUUCCGUCGUGAAGAGGAUGCAGAGAAAGCAGUCAUUGACCUGAAUAACCGCUGGUUUAAUGGGCAGCCCAUCCAUGCUGAGCUGUCCCCUGUCACCGACUUCAGAGAAGCCUGCUGUCGUCAGUAUGAGAUGGGGGAGUGCACUCGAGGCGGCUUCUGUAACUUCAUGCACCUGAAGCCCAUCUCACGGGAGCUAAGGAGAGAGCUCUAUGGCCGGCGCAAGAAAAGCAGACAUCGCUCACGCUCACGAUCCAGGGAACGCCGCUCCCGCUCCCGGGACCGCGGCAGAGAUGGUGGUGGUGGCGGCGGCGGCGGUGGCGGUGGUGGUGGUCGUGGUGGCGGUGGCGGACGAGAUGGAGGCGGCGGCGGCGGAGGUGGCGGUGGAGGCAGAGACCGAGAGAGGCGGAGGUCACGGGACCGGGAACGUUCUGGAAGAUUCUGAGCUGAGCUGUGGCUUAAACCCCCUCCACCCCACACCCCCCUCCUUUCUUGGGUGUAGAAGUAGUCUCAUUAUGACCAAAAUGUGAUGGAGUUGUUGGAUUUGUCUCUCUUUCUUUUCUUUUCUUUUUUUUUUAAAGCUUUCUCCCCUUUUUAGUAAAGACAUGUCUUCUCAAUAAAAAAAGCUUUUUUUGGUGAUAA